AAAGAAUCUACGUAGUAUUACUUCUAGGGAGGUGUAUUUUGCCCAGGUUCCUGACACUGUUGCCAUGGAGGAUAAAAAUAUGGAGAAUCCGGUUAACCUAAGCAUUUACAAGGCUACACGGAGCAUAAAACGCAAACACAACAGCCUCUACAACGCCCUGCGCUCGAUCUACGAAGACUCGAUCUUCGUCGGAGAGAUUUCGGAGCUAUGGCCCGACCUCCCCCUUCUAGCGAACCUCCGAUGCGGCCUCUGGUACUCCUCCAAGUUCCACUCCACCUGCUACUUUAAGUCCACCGAUGGCCACACCAAUAACUGGUCGUUUAAUACCUCUCGUCUCAACCUUCACGUCGCCCUGCUCGCCGGACAGAGGGGAGGAUGUAUGAUCAUUGACUCAACAAGAAAAGGGAAAAGGUUUCCAGACAGCAUGUCAAAGACAAUACCAAUUUGGUGUUGUGUAUUGAACCGUGCAGUUGCUAAUUUUAGAAGCAAAUUAUCUGGUGUUAUUGUUCCAAAUGACCAGGAGUCAAACAUAAAUUACUGCAUGUCCCAUAACCAUCACACUGAAGAUGUUAAUAAGGACUUUUUCCCUUGGGAUUGUUCUUUGCAUCUUCCUAUAUGGGUCUGCGAAACAGAAAAAAGUCUUAUUCAGGAACGACUUACUGGAUGGACUAAGGAUCUUGAGGAUAGUGGAGCUGACAUUGCCUCAAUGUCUUCCUGCUUAAAGAAGCCAUUACGACCUUUAUGGAUAUCACAGAAAACUGUAAUUUGGUUAAAUGAAGUGCCUGAGUCUAGUUCUUGGGAUUUCACGCCCAUCAUACUCGUUUCUCCGUCCUUCUCGACAAGUGAUUUUCAACAAAGAACCACUUCAGAGUUUAGUUGGAAUUAUAUAGCCGGAGCUGGAGAUGAUGAAGAGAGCUGGGCAAGAGGAUUAACUCCAACACUUUUCUGGAAACAUGCUUAUGAUCUCCUAAGCCUGGGGCCAAAUUUGUGCAACCAGAAGGUUGCUGAUAUUGUGGAAAAGAACAGAGUAUACUGUGCACAAAGGGGGGAAGAUGCUCCUCAGGUUUCACUAGGGUACUCUAUAAAAAAUUGUCUCAACAGUGAAUUUUCUGCACAGGAACCAUUGGAUGCUGAUAAUAUGUGCAUAUAUAGAGAUGAAAUGUCCCGAAGUGAUGAUAAUGCUAUAUCUUGGCUUGGUGUUACCAAUGUUGCAGUUGGCAAAACCCUUCAAGCUAAGGAUGCCUCCUCUUUUGAUAGCAUACUGAACUGUGGCCUUGAAGAAUUUUCACACUUGCUGGAUGAUCCUGAAGCCUAUUUACACCUACCAAUUGUUGACUGUAAAUUUGAUCGGUUUUCUGUGUCAAGAAGUCUUCCUUUGGCUAUCAAUUUUGCCAAAGCUAACCUGAAGAAAGGGAAGAGACUUCUUGUAUGUUGUGUGAAUGGAGAAGAUAUAAGCAUCUGUGUUUGCUUGGGGAUAUUGUUGGCAUUAUUUGAUGACAAAGGAUGUUUUGAUGAAAGGAUAUCCAUUAACAAGAGAAAUAUCAGCAAGCUAGAAUUGAGACAAAGGUUGGUGUACAUCUGCAAAUUCGCAGUUAAUGCCCGCCCUUCCAGAGGGAAUCUGAAGCAAGUCUUCAAUUAUAUUAACAGUGGGCACAUUGGGGUCUCUUAAUCCCCCCCCCCCCCCCGCCCAUAUCUGCAUCCACCACAGGUGAGAACAAUAAUGGGGAUAAAACAAAAUUGAACUACCAACCGUUUCUCUUUCAAAAAUGGUAUGGUAUUCUUCAGAAUUCUUUUAACAACCUUGACGAUCCAAGAAUGAGUGAGUAUGAAUAGAAAGGGUAUUUGUAGUACCAUGCCCACUUCUGUUCAUAUUUUAGUCUUUCUUAUUUACAAAUUCAAACUCAUUAUAUGGUUUUGUUUAAUAAUUUCUUUUGGAGUGUACCAUGUUUUUGGCCUCCCAAUUGUUCCUUUUGUGUAUUUCCUUCGAAAUAUAUUUUUACAUUUAUUUUGGUAUGUCUG